GACCUUUAUUUGAGUUGCACUAAACGUUCUUCCGGAAAUAAUCACCGGAUAAACCUUUCGCUCUGUUGUGGUCAUGUUGCGAAAUGUUUUGGCCAGAUUUUUCACUGAAUCGUUUUUUGUUCAUCGCACCGUAAAAUACUCGCCUUCAAUUCAGGCAACUUCAUCUCCUUUUGCGUCAGUGAGGAACUUCACGGACGUGAAGGACGAAUCGCAGCAGGAGUUUGACACCUCCUUGCUUGAGUUCUUAGUGUGUCCACUGUCCAAGAAGCCGCUCAGGUUUGAAGUCGCGACCAACGAGUUGAUCAACGACGAGCUUGGCAUCGCAUAUCCCAUCAUCGACGGAAUUCCCAACAUGAUCCCCCAGGAAGCCAGACUCGUACAGAAAGACUCAGACUCACCUGCACAAGAAUAGAAUUGUGCGUCUUGCAUGCUCGGCUCAACUGU